AUGGAUAGAACCAAGUUUGAAGAUAAUGUUAAUCAGCACGAACCUAACACUCCGAGGAAAGCCACUUUGGUCCUCUCAUCUUCCGGGAACGCUCUUCUGGUUUCCAACUCCGGCAAGUUCCUUUCGUCCUCCAAGCCCGUCGCUGGCCAGAAGAGGUACGUCAGGCAGGUGACGGGGCGCCACAACGACACGGAGCUCCACCUGGCGGCGCGGCGAGGCGACUCGGCGGCAGUGAGGGAGAUUAUGGACGUGAUCAAUGCCCAGAUGGUGGGGACUCAAAGCAGCUGCGAUUUCGAUGCGGAGGUUUCGGCCAUAAGGUCUGCCAUUGUGAAUGAUGUGAAUGAGUUGGGAGAGACGGCGUUGUUCAUUGCCGCUGAUAAAGGGCACCUUGAUGUGGUCCGAGAUAUUCUGUCAUAUUCUUCUACCGAAGGGAUUUCGUCGAAGAAUGAUCUAGGGUUUGAUGCCUUUCACAUUGCUGCUAGCCGUGGUCACUUAUCUAUUGUUAAGCUGCUACUAGAAUAUGAUCAGGGGCUUAUGAAGACAGUUAACCGAUCAAAUGCAACCCCUCUUAUAUCUGCAGCCACUGGGGGGCAUACGAGUGUUGUUGAACUUUUGCUGUCACGUGACCCUAAUCAAAUAGAAUUAUCUAGAUCAAACGGAAAGAAUGCACUUCAUUUGUCUGCCCGCCAGGGACAUGUUGAUGUUGUAAAUUUGUUGCUCGCGAAGGAUAAACAACUUGCUAGAAGAACUGAUAAGAAAGGCCAAACUGCACUGCACAUGGCUGUGAAGGGUGUGAGUUGUGAAGCAGUGAGGAGCAUUCUUCGAGCUGAUGCAGCAAUUGUCAUGCUGCCAGAUAAGUUUGGCAAUACUGCAUUGCACAUAGCCACAAGGAAAAAGAGGGUAGAGAUAGUGAAUGAGCUAUUGCUUCUUCCAGACACGAACGUGAAUGCCUUAACAAGGGACCACAAAACAGCUCUUGAUAUUGCUCAAUCCCUUCCACCAUCAGAAGAAAUAUUAGAGAUAAGAGGUUCCCUAGUUCUUAACGGGGCACUCAAUGCGAACAAUCUGAACCAGACAAGGGAUGAGCCCAUCAGGAACACCGUGACGCAGAUUAGAAAUGACGUUCGCUCACAGCUCAAACAAACUCGCAAAACCAACAUGAACGUUAACGGAAUCGCCAUGGAGCUACGCAAGUUGCAAAGAGCAGGUAUCAACAACGCCACCAACACAGUAACGGUGGUUGCAGUUCUCUUUGCUACGCUUGCAUUUGCUGCCAUUUUCAGUGUUCCCGGUGGAGAUUUUGAUACUGGGGCGGCAGUGAUGGAAGGCACAAUACCUUUUGAAGUCUUCUUUUUGUGCAAUUCCGUAGCGCUUUUCACGUCACUGGCUGUUGUGGUAGUUCAGAUCACCCUUGUGAGAGGGAGAACAAAGUCUGAGAUGAGGGUGGUGAAGGUGAUCAAUAAGAUGAUGUGGCUAGCAUCUAUAUGCACCACUGUUGCAUUCAUAUCAGCGUCAUAUAUAGUACUUGGUAGGCAUCAUAAGUGGGCUGCAAUACUUGUCACUGUUGUUGGGGGAGUUACAAUGGCUGGUGUUCUUGGUGGUAUGACGUACUAUGUGCUCAAGAGUAAACAUUAUCAAAUAGGCAGGAAGAAGAACACAUUCAUGAGUAGAUCAAACUCCGGCUCAGAAACUGAAGUAGAAGCAGCACAAAUUUAUGCCAUUUGA